AUGUCAGAAAUUGCCGAGAUUAAUAAUAAUAUGAUAUCAUGUCGCAUAGCCAACGUUAAUGACAUAGAUAUAAUUUGUUCAUCUAUUGAUAACCGGGUAUUUAUUCGUUCUUUUCUUGAGCAAUCUAUUUCAUCGUCACAUUGUCAUGUUGCCCUUCUUAACAAUUCUCUUAUUGUCGGUUAUGCUGUUCUGAAUUAUACAUUUUAUGCUCAAGCUUUUAUUGCGAUGCUUCGUAUUCAUCCAUCGUAUCGUCGACAAAGAGUUGGUCUAACAUUAAUGAAAUAUUUAGAAGAACCAAUCCGAUGUACAACGAAGAAAUUAUUCACAUCAACAAAUUUAUCAAAUUUAGCAAUGCAAACAUUAUUAACAAAAUUACAAUAUCGAUUAACUGGCAUUAUUCAUAAUUUAGAUGAUGAUAAUGAUCCAGAACUAGUCUAUUAUAAAGUUAUCGAAAACUGA